GGAGCGGCGCGGCCCGAACGCGGCGUGGUUAGACCCCAGGCGGCGGCGCGGCGGCGGCGGCCCGGCCGUCUGGGGAGUGAGUGAGGGGCGCCUUCCCCGCCCGGGAUGUGAGGACCGAGCGGAGCCCGGGGCGGGGGGGAGGGAAGGGAAGGGAGGCGAAGCCGGCAGGAAGGAAGGAAGGACGGACGGACCAGGAGGAGGAGCGGCGGCGGCAGCCGGAGCCGGAAGGCGGGGAGGGGCCGUCCGUUGGGCCCGAGGCGGCGGCGGCCAGGGCGAACCGCUCUCGUCGCCUCCUCCCCCCGGCGCCGCGGAGGGGGGAGGAGGAAGAUGGAGACCCACAUCUCAUGCUUGUUCCCCGAGCUGCUGGCCAUGAUCUUCGGCUACCUGGACGUCCGGGACAAGGGGCGCGCGGCGCAGGUGUGCACGGCUUGGCGGGACGCCGCCUACCACAAGUCGGUGUGGCGGGGGGUGGAGGCCAAGCUGCACCUGCGCCGGGCCAACCCGUCGCUGUUCCCCAGCCUGCAGGCCCGGGGCAUCCGCCGGGUGCAGAUCCUGAGCCUACGCCGCAGCCUCAGCUACGUGAUCCAGGGCAUGGCCAACAUCGAGAGCCUCAACCUGAGCGGCUGCUACAACCUCACCGACAACGGACUGGGCCACGCGUUUGUGCAGGAGAUCAGUUCGCUGCGCGCCCUCAACCUGAGCCUCUGCAAGCAGAUCACCGACAGCAGCCUGGGCCGCAUAGCGCAGUACCUCAAGGGCCUGGAGGUUCUGGAGCUGGGGGGCUGCAGCAACAUCACCAACACCGGCCUCCUGCUCAUCGCCUGGGGCCUGCAGCGCCUCAAGAGCCUUAAUCUCCGCAGCUGCCGACACCUCUCGGAUGUGGGCAUUGGGCACCUGGCCGGCAUGACGCGCAGCGCGGCCGAGGGCUGCCUGGGCCUGGAACAGCUCACGCUGCAGGACUGUCAGAAGCUCACCGAUCUUUCUCUAAAGCACAUCUCCCGGGGGCUGACGGGCCUGAGGCUCCUCAACCUCAGCUUCUGCGGAGGCAUCUCGGACGCGGGCCUCCUGCACCUGUCGCACAUGGGCAGCCUCCGCAGCCUUAACCUGCGCUCCUGCGACAACAUCAGUGACACGGGCAUCAUGCAUCUGGCCAUGGGUAGCCUGCGCCUCUCCGGGCUGGAUGUGUCGUUCUGUGACAAGGUGGGGGACCAGAGUCUGGCUUACAUAGCGCAGGGGCUGGACGGCCUCAAGUCUCUCUCCCUCUGCUCCUGCCACAUCAGCGAUGAUGGCAUCAACCGCAUGGUGCGGCAGAUGCACGGGCUGCGCACGCUCAACAUCGGACAGUGCGUGCGAAUCACGGACAAGGGCCUGGAGCUGAUUGCUGAGCACCUAAGCCAGCUCACUGGCAUAGACCUGUAUGGCUGUACCCGAAUCACCAAGCGCGGCCUGGAGCGCAUCACGCAGCUGCCCUGCCUCAAGGUACUCAACCUGGGACUCUGGCAGAUGACGGACAGUGAGAAGGUCAGAAUCCUCCACAGCAACAUGCGAGACCAUGGAGAAAGAAAUCCAGAGACCUUUAUCAAGUAAUUAUACUGUUUGUGAAUUUGUAUAAAUAAUAACAAAGAUCCUCUUAAAACAUUUAUAUUCUUACAGUAAAAGGUUAAACUGAUAUUUAUAUAAUAAAAGAGGAAAUAUGAAGUAUGUUUUUGAAAAAAAACAAAA